AAUAAAUCCAUGCGUUACACACUAGUCAUCAAAUUACCAUGAUCUGUUAGCAUUCAUCGUCACACAAAAAAAUCAAUCAAAGCCCACCCAAUUCAUUCACAUUUUACCACCGCCACCAGCCCACCUUCCAGCUCCAUUAGUGUUCCUCUUUUAGACGUUCUUUCUCCGGUGAUAAUUUUGCAGAAGUGCAAAGAAUUUUCCGUCGGUCCCUUCCGGAAAACAGUUUCAGGCCGUGAAGAAGUUGCGGUGCGAGGUUUUUGAUCGUGAAUCAUGUGAACUCUGAAUGUCCCGGCAGUGUCUUUUUCACGAUUAACCAGAGACUCAAGUUGUUUCCCCAACCACAAGCAUUAACGAAUUUCAUACUUUUAUCUCCCAGGGGUGAAAGAAAGUUAUUUAUGUACUGCAAAUUGGAGGUGGUUUUUCUGGACUGAGGAAGCACAGAGAUGGAGAGAAUCAAAUCUGCUGCUUCAUUUUGGAGGGUUUGUAGAGCGAAUUGGAGAUUCACCUCUCAGUGUCAAAGAAGCCUUACUUCCCUCUCCGCCAACCCCAUCCUCAAUGAUCAUGAGAAUCUUGUAUUAGUUGAGGGAAAUGCUGCUUCAAGAACUGCAAUUCUCAACCGGCCCCAAGUGCUCAAUGCCCUCAAUACUUCAAUGGGUGUCCGGUUGCAAAAUCUGUAUAAAAGCUGGGAGGAGGAUCAUAAUGUUGGGUUUGUUGUAAUGAAGGGCAGUGGCAGGGCAUUUUGUGCUGGUGGUGACAUCGUAUCUCUUCAUAAGUUUAUACAUGAAGGAAAUAUUGAUGAGUGUAAAGAAUUCUUCUGGACAUUAUACAGCUUUAUGUACAUGGUUGGUACAUACUUGAAACCACAUGUUGCACUUUUGAAUGGAAUCACUAUGGGUGGCGGGGCUGGAAUUUCAAUUCCUGGAACAUUCCGGGUGGCCACUGAUAAAACGGUUUUUGCUACUCCUGAAACACUUAUCGGCUUUCAUCCAGAUGCUGGAGCUUCUUUUCACCUAUCACAUUUGCCUGGUCAUUUAGGAGAAUACUUGGGCUUGACUGGAGCCAAGCUCAAUGGAGUGGAAAUGUUGUCCUGCGGGCUUGCCACACACUGUACACUGGAUUCGAAGCUGCCUUUAAUUGAGGAACAACUUCGAAGCUUGUUGACUGACGAUCCCUCUGUCGUUGAAAGUUCUUUGCAAAACUUUGGUGACAUUGUCCAUCCUGAUCAAGCAAGUGUAAUUCACAGGAUUAAAACACUUGACAAAUGUUUCUGCCAUGAAACCGUUGAGGAAAUUAUUGAUGCUUUGGAAACUGAAGCUGGAAAAACAGGAGAUAUGUGGUGUGUUGCAACGCUGAAGAAACUCAAAGAUGCUGCACCUUUGAGCUUGAAAGUGGCCUUGAGAUCAGUAAGUCAUAUUGAAGAUAAACAUAUCAUUUGAGCCAUUACAUUCUACGUAAGAACUUAUAUGAGCCCCUGGUCCAGAUACGAGAAGGGCGAUUUCAAACUCUUGACCAGUGCUUGAUUCGUGAGUACCGAAUGUCCCUGCAAGGAAUCUCGGGGAAGAUUACCAGUGACUUUCGUGAGGGGGUUCGUGCACGAUUGGUGGAUAAGGAUUCUAUGCCAAAGGUAAAUAAUUCCCUCAUUAUUUCAAGAUGCUGGGUUCAUUUUCUGCUAAUAAACUGAUAAAACUGAGCACUUUCAUCAAAUCAGUCUGUAUUAGCACUUGGCUAAUUUCAGAUUAAGUAAAUGCCGGGUCUUGUUUGUCUGCCGUUGAACCUAACCCCUUGAUCUGUAAAAACUAGGUAUUAAAGAUUGUGUUCUUUCAAUUCAUGGUUUGAUGUUUUAUGAGAUGCAGUGGGAUCCCCCAAGCUUGGAGCUAGUAACUAAAGACAUGGUAGAUGAAUACUUUUCGCCACUUUCUUCUAGUGAACCUGAACUAGAGCUUCCCACCCAGCAGAGAGAAGCAUUCAUUUGAUUUGUCUGGUCCUGGUGUCAUUCUUGAAGAAAAUGCCAUCCGAUUAUCAUGUAAAUCUUUCAACUUGUGUAUAUCCAUUGCUAUCUAUAUUGAUUACCUUACCUCCAAAGAAAGAAAGAAAAAUGUUCUCCAUAGGCUAUGAGCCUUAUGCAGGUUUCUCGUCUUAGGGUAUGGAUUUUUGGUGCUUUCAACCUGAAAUCUCCAGAUUUCUUACCGUAAACUUUAGCUGACAGGCAGGGGAUUCCGGUACCAUUCUUUUAUGGUGUAUAACUUCAUCAAUCCAAGCCUGAAAUAGAGGAAAAAGUUCCAUUUUGGAAUUACAGUUUAUUUCUUUUCC